AAAUCCUCAAAUUUUCUUUAAAAUCAAACAUAAAAAAGAAAACAAAAAUGGCGGCUUCACUGACAAUCAAUAAUAUCAUCACCAAAAAGCCCUUUCGAUUCAAUUACAGUAGUAAUCAUCGUAUUCCUGUUGCUAAACAUUCUCCAUCAAGCAGCAACAACAAAAGCAGCAGCUACAGCAUAACCUUGCUUCCUGGUGAUGGAAUUGGCCCUGAAGUCAUUUCUGUUGCCAAAAAGGUUCUUACUCUUGCUGCCUCUAUUGAAGGGAUUGAGUUUAAGUUCAAUGAGAAGUUGAUGGGAGGUGCUGCAUUGGAUUCCACCGGAGUUCCGUUACCUGAAGAAACUCUAGAAGCUGCUAAGCAAUCUGAUGCUGUUCUUCUUGGUGCAAUCGGCGGGUACAAGUGGGAUUAUAACGAGAAACAUCUAAAGCCUGAGACCGGAUUGCUUCAGCUUCGUGAAGGUCUUAAAGUAUUUGCGAAUCUAAGACCCGCGACUGUUCUGCCACAGCUAGUAGAUGCUUCAACUUUAAAGAAGGAGGUUGCUGAAGGCGUCGACUUGAUGGUUGUUAGGGAACUUACAGGAGGUAUCUACUUUGGAAAGCCAAGGGGAUUUGGAACCAAUGAAAGUGGUGAGGAGAUUGGCUACAACACUGAGGUUUAUGCUGCAUAUGAGAUUGACCGCAUAGCUCGUGUUGCAUUUGAGACAGCUCGUAAGCGUGGUGGCAAGCUUUGUUCUGUUGACAAAGCAAAUGUCUUGGAGGCAUCAAUGUUUUGGAGGAAAAGGAUAAUAGCUAUAGCAGCUGAAUACCCUGAUGUUGAGCUUUCUCACAUGUAUGUUGACAACGCGGCAAUGCAGCUUGUCAGGAACCCGAAACAGUUCGACACUAUAGUUACGAACAACAUAUUUGGUGACAUUUUAUCAGAUGAGGCAUCCAUGAUCACUGGAAGUAUUGGAAUGCUUCCUUCUGCUAGUCUCAGCGAAUCGGGACCUGGACUAUUUGAACCAAUCCAUGGUUCUGCUCCUGAUAUUGCUGGGCAGGAUAAAGCAAACCCCUUGGCAACCAUUCUUAGUGCUGCAAUGCUUUUGAAAUAUGGUUUGGGUGAAGUGAAGGCAGCUGAGAGGAUCGAGUUGGCUGUGCUCGAUACUUUAAAUAGGGGAUUUCGUACCGGUGACAUUUAUUCAGCUGGAAAUAAAUUGGUUGGAUGCAAGGAGAUGGGUGAAGAAGUGUUAAAAUCCGUUGAUACAAAGACACCUGCAUCAGUGUAAGAAGUCAAAUAGUCGAUUAAAGAGAUGCUGAGGCUUUGUAUCUGUCAAAGUGUUCUGUCAAAUUUAACGAAAUUGCAGUCUUGAAAGAGGUUAGCUUGAAAACGUCCCCGGGUAAUUUCAUGAGCUUUUUUUUACCAUUAAUUUAUCUCAUUUUGAGAGUUAAUUAUCUUUUGUGAUAGUUCAUGAUUUAUUUUCCUGAUCAGCAUGCAUGAAUUUUGAGAUAGUGUUGUAGUAUGUAACAUGGUGAUUAAUUUAUCUGCGGAAAAAAGUUGUGUA